AUGAUCCGCUCCGCUUUAAUCAAAAGACCCCCACUAUUUCUGUCUCGACGCCAGCACUCGUCUGUGACAACUGCAGGCUCUGCUUUGGAUGCAUAUAAAAUCCAAGCAUCGGUCCCGAGACUCUCACUACACCUGCUUCCUGGCGAACAGGAGUCUGCCGAAGACCCACUGGUGCGCUACGGUUAUGUGCGCCAAGUCUCGGCCGGCAGCUACCAUCUGCUGCCACUCGCGCACAUGGUUCAAUCAAACAUUGCAGACCUUGCACGCCGUCAUAUGGUAUCUGUUGGCGGUGUCGAAGUGUCGCUGUCUUCUCUCUCGAGCCCGGCGCUCUGGGAACGCACGGGUCGCGCGGCCAACACAGAGCUGUUUAAAAUCAAGCAUGAGGAUGGUACAUCAGGUGAAAGUGAAUCUGCUCGUGUGCAAUAUAUUCUUGCCCCUACUCACGAAGAAGAAAUCACAAAUCUUGUGGCUACAAAUAUCGCUGCAUCAAGACGCAAACUUCCGUUAAGACUCUUUCAAAUUACCCGCAAGUACCGCAACGAAAAGCGGCCACGAGGUGGACUCCUUCGUGGACGUGAGUUUCUCAUGAAGGACAUGUACUCGUUUGAUGUUACCCAGGAUGAUGCACACCGUACUUAUGAUGAGGUUGCAAAUGCAUACCGCGCAUUUUUUGAAAGCAUUGGCGUCCCAUUUGUGGUUGCGGAGGCCGACUCAGGGUCUAUCGGUGGCUCACUUUCCCACGAGUACCAUUACCUUUCGCCGGUCGGCGAAGAUAAUGUGGUAACAUGCCACACAUGCAAAUACACUGCCAAUGUCGAGAAGGCUCUUGCGUUCCCACCUGAGGAAGAGGAUGGUGCAUUUAUGGGUGAAGCGGCAGUACAAUACUUUUUGAGCGACGAUAAAACAACCCUGGUGGCCGCAUACUACCCCCCAGACCGCGAGUUUAGCCCUCUGCAUUUGCUCGCCGAACUUCCGGAAGAUACCAUCAACGCCGAGGCCGAGUCGACUGGCAUUGAAGUUGCUGAAGAGUUUGCUACUCAAGCCAAGGCUGAUGACGACGAGGGGCUUUUUACUCGCCGGUUGAUCCGAGUCAUGGACGCACGACUCUCGCGUGAAACAAACCUCCCCAGAUUGCCCUUCCACGCAAAUAAAGGCACAACCACAACCAUGGUGGACGUGCCACUGGUCAUGGCACAAACCGGCGACCUGUGUCCAUCUUGCGAUGAUGGUAAGACCCCACUGGCCGUCGCCAAGGCGGUCGAGAUUGGCCACACUUUCUAUCUUGGCACAAAGUACAGUGCCCCCCUCAAUGCAACGGCCCGUGAUCCUGUGUCUGGGAGCCUUGUUCCCAUUGAGAUGGGCUGUUACGGCAUUGGAAUUUCGCGGUUGCUUCCCGCCAUCGCCAGUAUCACUGCUGACGCUGAUGGUCUUCACUGGCCCGUCUCUAUUGCGCCGUAUCAUGCAAUCGUCGUAUCGAAAGAUGCAGAGGCUGCUACAACCAUUGUCAAGGAACUGAGGGCUGCUGGGGUUAAUGCUGUGUGGGAUGAUCGUGAGGAUGUGUCAUUUGGCGCUGCUAUGCGCGAUGCUCGUGCACUCGGAUUCCCUGUGACUUUGAUAGCUGGUAAACAGUAUGAAAAGAGCGGUCUUGUAGAGCUACAGCCCAGAGACUUGUCUGUGCAGCAACUUAAAGAAAAGAGAGGUGAUGCUGCAUUCCAAAGUUCUGUGAAAGAUUUGCCUGCCAAAAUCAAAGAGCUUCUUAAGUUGUAA